UGCCGCCGCUGUUCCCCCUCGCUUAUAUAUAAAAACAGGUCCCCUGAAUCUAGACCGUUUCCCAAGAGUCGGCCAUCGGACACUGAGUCUGUGCGACGUGCCUUCUCUGCAGCAGCAACACUGCACGCUCGACGUGCGCCCCGGAGUCCACGUCGUCGAGGCAUUCCUCCAGCGAAGGGCAGCGUGCGUGUUGGUUGUUUGUGUGCGCGUUUGGUGUGCCCCCGCUGACCAACACGGUGCCUAGCGGCCCGAAGCCGAAAGCAACCGCGCCGAGUGGACUACCCUCCUAGUGAUCGGCACCGUCCCUAGACUGUGCCGCCGGCGUGUUACUGCCCUCCUGGUUGUCUUGAGCGUGAGGAUCCCGUGUUGUCAGCGACGUCGCAAGAGAGAAGCCGUCCACGAUGAUUCUUAGGUACAUGAUAAUGACAGCGACCACGCUGCUGUGUAUCGGCGGCACGCUGGUGUUCGAGGACUCGCGGCCGACGCCGUACAACCCGGAGUACGGUCCCGACUGCGCCCUCAUCGUGACGACGACCAAGCCGCACGCGGCCAUCAUACAAAAGCCUACGCUAGCGUCGGCUGCCGGCCUACAGUACCUCUCCAAUUUCGUGCCCCAGCUGAAAGCGGUGACGCUGACCGAGGGCCAGCAGUGCAUCACGUACGACGACGUGAACCAGGCGCUGCUCGAAGCCAAGACCAAAUUCGGCGAGAGCGUGCCCAACGAGAUCUACGAGCUUUCCUCGGACACGCCCACGCCUGAGCACGUGACCGUGCCCUCCGAGAUCAUCCUCGAUGCCUCCAGGAUACUCGCUCAGAAGUUCUCGCUGUCGUACCACGCCAUCGUGUACGGCCUGCCUCAGAUCGACACCUCCAAGACGCUGGUGAAGGACAUCUGCCCGACCUUCCUGAAGCCGGUCAAGUGCGAGCUCAGCCGCUACCGCACUCUCACCGGAAUGUGCAACAACCUCGAGAAUCCGUCGUGGGGAUCCGUGCGGUCGGCCAUGGUGCGCUACCUGCCGCCUGCCUACGCUGACGGCAUCAGCGAGCCCCGCGCCGCCAAGGACGGCGGCCCGCUGCCUAACGCCCGUAUGGUUAGCUUCUUGGUGCACCACGACGUGAGUGAACACGACCGCCGGGUUCGGAACUUGCUCGUCUCCAUGGGACAGAUGUUGGACCACGACCUUACGCUCGCUGCCCCCACACUCGACGAGGAACGCCAGGAUAUUGAGUGCUGUAAGUACACGCCCGAGGAGAGGCAUCCUAACUGCUUGAUCAUCGAUGUGCCACACGACGACCCCUUCUACAAGUUCUUCAACCGCAAGUGUCUGGAGUUCGCCAGGGUUCUCGCCGGUCUCAGGCCAUCCUGCACCCUUGGUCCGCGGUCCCAGAUGAACAUCAUUUCGGCGUACAUCGAUGCCGGCUUCGUGUACGGAAGCACCCAGGAAGUCGCCAGCCGACUGCGCGAGUUCUCCGGAGGACGCAUGAAGACCACUCCUCUUUACCGAGACUUGGGCCUCAAGGACCUCCUGCCCAUGAAGACGGUCGAGGCGGACGUUGGCUGCAUGGCGAGGCCCAGGAACCUCUACUGCUUCGACGCAGGCGACGAGCGUGUGAACGAGCAGUUGUCACUGACGGUGAUGCACACGCUCUGGCUUCGUGAGCACAACAAGAUCGCCAAGGGUCUGCAGACGGUGAACCCACACUGGGACGACGAGACGCUCUUCCAGGAGACGCGCCACAUCCUCAUCUCCGAGGUCCAGCACCUCACGCUCACCGAGUGGCUGCCCAGUGUGCUGGGACCCGACGCGGUCAAGAAGUACGGACUUACGCCCGUGCAGCACGGUUACUACGAUGGUUACAGUCCCAAGGUGAACGCUGGAAUCAGGCAAGCCUUCCAGGCCGCUGCCUUCCGUUUCGGUCACAGUUUGCUGCCUGACAUCACCGAGAGGUACAACAAGUUCCACGAAAAGCUCGAGGCCAUUCGUCUGUCUAAGCUGCUGCGUCAGCCCUACGACCUGUACAAGCCCGGCGUCGUCGACUCCUUCGCUCUUGGUCUUGUCGACCAGCAGUCUAAUAGAAUGGACCCCGAGAUCACGACUGAGGUGACCAACCACUUGUUCGAGGUGCCCGGUGACGGCUUCGGCAUGGACUUGGUCUCGCUGAACAUUCAGCGAGGUCGUGAGACUGGAAUUCCCGGCUACAACGACUUCAGAGAGUACUGUGGCCUGCCCAGGGCAAGGGACUUCUCGGACCUUAUCGGAUACCUGCCCAACAAGACCAUCCACCGAUACGCGCAGAUCUACAAGCACGUGGACGACAUCGACCUGUGGAGUGCGGGCGUGUCCGAGUACGGACUGCCGGGCGCUGUGACGGGACCCACGUUCGCCUGCCUGAUCGGCGAGCAGUUCGCCAACAUUAGGCGCGGCGACCGCUUCUGGUACGAGAACGCCGGAUGGCCGUCGUCCUUCACGUUAGAGCAACUGGAGGAGAUACGGAAGAUGCGGCUGGCCCGGUUCAUUUGCGACAACGCCGACGACAUGUUCGACGUUCAGUUUAGCGCUCUCCUCAAGGUGGAUCCCGUGAACAACCCGAGGAUCAGCUGCGCCCAGCACGACGUCCUGCCCAAGAUGGACUUCAGCAAGUGGAAAGACACGUCGUACCUAAAGAAAUAACCCCUGACACCUUAACACAAUACCACGUUUUUUACCGAGAGCAAACUGCGCGAGAAAAAGAACAGCGGGAUAAUCUAUUGUCGCAUCCUCUGCCGCACAAAGAAGCAAGGAGAACGAGAACACUGUCAGACACGACUUGCAGCGACUGUCAGCCAAUAUAAGGCGCUCAGGCAAGUCACUGUCGCCGUGAUGCUCUGCGUUAUCACGCGUUAUCAUGCACCAUGCUGUAGAGUCGGCAUCAGCAGCCAUUACAUGUUUAGUGUCGAUCAUGUGCGCUGCACAGUGACCCACUUUGCAGAAGCAUCAGCAGUGUUCUAUUGCGGCAGUGUAACGGGUGACACCAAUGUUUGUUUGCUUAGAACGUCCCCGAGCAAAGCGUUGCAAUUCUUCAUGAAGCCAGAGGAUGCGACAUCUCGCAGCUUAGUAGUGCUCUGCAGUUUUUAAAGACGCUUGGAUUCAGAGCGCCAAGCAUUUUUUUUUUUUAGGAUGUACAGAGGUAACGACAGAGUGUGCUUUGUAAUAAGACUCGAACUCUGCUGCGCUGCACGAGGUUAACGAGAAACACGAUGUCAGACACAUUGCUUUCGUGGCGCAACUUUGCAGGGAGUCAUGAAGCUGUAUUAGCGGAAGCGGUGUACUUAAUGUAUCAUCUUUAAAAAACGCGCAGCUUGUAUCUUUUAAUAACGUUUUCUUUAGUGCCAUAGCGUUUUUAAAACAGAGUGGAGCAUUCCUUGAGAAAUGCGGACACACUACGAUAAACAUUUCUUGCCGCCAGUAUUGCUUUCGCAUCAAUCGUACUUUCUAUGAGUAACGCGAUACAAGUAUACACGUAUUGGUAUUUCUGACUGCUUCAAAAACAUAGCUAAAUCGUUACAUCUCGUUUUUUUUUCUUAUUUUUGGCUCGUGAAUUUGACUUCGCGAGAGCACCUAACAGGCGGCGUAUACCCGCAAAGCAUAAUAGAAUUUUUUAAAGAUAUUGCUAGGUUUGCACAAAUGCACAUGCAAGAUUCGCAGGUGAAUUAACGGAGCAAGCAGCCAUAGCAACCAUACGCUUCCGUCUAAAUACGAUGAAAAAUAGCACAGCUAACUGAAAUGUCCAGUUGUAAAAUGUCCAGUCGGAGUGCUGCGAGCUCCACGACGCGCAUUAUCAUGGAGUGUUCGCAUGUGCUCUGCCUGUCAAGAAAGAAGGUGGUCGAUUCGGGUAACAAUGGCCAAAUUUCUAAAAAGAUUCGCUUAAAGUGGACAUAAUGAUACGCAGCCCUGUUGUAUUAACAGCGAAGCCGCACUGAGCAAUCGGAAAUUUUAGCAAAGCUACUGCUUCGACAAGACAAGGCGCGAUAAGUUAGCGCCGCGCUAACGAGUUAAGACAAGCGGUAACCUCAGCCUUAACAUUCCACCCUUCUCUCUUCGAAAUGCUCGCGUACCUUCGCCGCCCGUGUACGGCGGACCGCCACACAAAUGGCCACCUACGGCCUCUCUUUUGUACAUACGGUUCCCGACUGCGCACUUUCGGCGACGAGGACGACAGGGCAGCUCAUACGUCAUGAUUAAGUCGGUCGACGCACGCUCGUGCGCAUCCUAUGCCUGCCUUCCGGCUGGGUUACCGCCUCACUCUUUAGCGAAACGGCGCUGUAGUGCAGUUAUACCCUUAUGGAUUGCUCCGGCGAACGAGACAACUACGCAUACGUAACCCGUACUGGUGGCGACCUGCGCGUACGCAGCCGUGCUGUCGGAGCUUCACAUGCCGGUAAGAGAUGGGAGCCCGGUCCUGUCAAAAGUACUGGUGUAAGGCCCUACCGGUGCGCUGAACAGGCGCAGUGCCAUGGCGCGCAUGUGCAGACGAGACGUAGCCGACAGUAAGCAAAGUGCGGUUAUGGUACACUUGUUCCGGAUGUCGUAACGGUGGCCCUAUAGGCUAGAACUCGCCACAGGCGAAGUCCGCCAUUUCGCGUCCACAGAGCCAGUCAGCAAAGCAUCAUUCUAGAAUCCGCAGGCGGCGAAUUGUCCAGAGCAAGGCCUCAGAAUAGGAAUGUCAGACUCAUAGAACUUCCCAGUUAUACGAGACGCCGAUUCGUGAUUACGUAGCAACAAAGGCCAAUAGCAGCCCGUGAAGUUGCUGUCAUGGCUCAACAGCUUCACGCAGCUGCAUCCGAUAGCAUCAAGGCCAUGGCGGAAUUCUAUCAGGGCAGGAAAUACGGUCUGCUGUUACUCUGUAAUGAGGUCUCUCGUUUUCAAGGGUGCCUUGGAGUAGACUCCUUCCUUUGUCCCAUUUCGUUUUCUUUAAUUCACCUUGUCUACCGCUGCAGUGACUUUAGUACUGGUCAUACUAGAUGAACACUUUUGAAGAACAGCCUCAGUGGAUUACCACACACAUAUGAUACGAAAUAUAGUCCCGUUUAUGCCUGUAAAUCCUUCUUGCUACGAGAGCCACAUCUGCAAAGUGAUGCCUAGUUGCUUUGAACGAGUUCUUUGGAAUAGCUUAGCCGCUUAAUGCUUGGUCAUUGAUGCUCUCAGGUCAGCACAGCUUUUGGUUCAUAACUUGUGCUUCUCGCAGAAAAUAUGGCAAAACAGAAUUCGCCAGAAAUAAAAGUUCACCUGUGCCAUAGCAGCUGAGUGCAUCGCAGCGUAGCACGCACGUGAGAUAAGAUUUCUUGGGUCAGCGAGCAGGCGAUAGUUCGGCUCAUAGGUGAUUACAAUCGCUUCAGUUAUGUCUUACCGAUUUCCAGAGCGGUUUGAGCAAGCUUCAGAGAGCGUGAGCUCACUAACUUAAAAUGUCAUACAAUGCCCUCAUGAUGGCGCGAGGUUCCACUUUUACCUGAGAUCAAGAAAAAGCGAAAUGGACAAAGGUCGCAGAGCCACACUCCAUGACUCCUCCCUUGGACACCAUCCAUCGAGCCCUCCACAACUACUUCGUUCAAAAGCGCCAACGUUCACUGCAUUUCGACCAGAGGCAGGGAGAUCACAGAAAGAGGGCUGAACGCAAAGACAGAACCAGUUUUCUGCUAGAGUAAGGCUGCAGUCUGAAGGUAGCCACUGGUGUGACAUGGGAGCUAAAGAACAGCAGCCGAAUGUAAGGAACCUGGCGUCAUACUAUCCUCAUCGGUGAGGACUACCGACACUGCGAGGACCAAUCGAUUGCCAAGAAAUUUGUUUCUUUUCUAUCACUUUUUUUACGUUGCACAUGUAGAACGCAAGCGUACAAGCUUUUUCUUUCUCCUUCGGCAGCACCUGCCUUUGUAAAUACUUCCCAGUCUCCUCCCUCCCUCGUCUAUGAUAUUUAUAUGCGACACCCCUUAGGAGGUCAACGGGCUUCAUAGUGUACCAGUGACAGUAUAGGGCGCUAUCGCAGUACAAGGCUGCGUUCAACGUCGUGCUUUCCGGCGAAGAACGCACUUUCCAGUGCCGGCGCGUUAAGCACGCUAAACAUUUUGGGUAUAAAGUAUUGAAGUGCCUAAGACUGCCUCGUUUGAAAGAGUCCUUAUUGGUACCAUCCUUAUAGAAAAAAGUGCAAACUUUGUGUCCCACGAGGCGCAUGAGCCAUCAUUUUAUGACGAAAGCUGCUUUAUAUGUUAAUGCAAUACGAAUCAGGAGAACAUUGCUAAACGUUGACGAGUACCAAUGGCUGUGAGAAGUCCGUAGGCCAAAAGGGUCAAAUGUGUUUUUCUUUUUCUUCUCGUUUCUAUAUAUACCUCUGACUUUUUCACACAGCAAAGAUAUUUGAUGUGAGUGAGACAGCGAGCGAACGCUUUGAAAUGAAACACACACAACUUUUUUUUAUCUGUAUGAGAAGUGUGCAACUUUUGUUAACUAACUUCUGAAUAAAAAAAAAUGUUGGUUUUUCAUUAAGCCUUUUGUUGCCUGUCUGCUUUACCGUGCACUGUGAAAAUGACGAACGAAAACGUAAGUACUCAGUUGCUUGCAACAA